GGAUGGCUAGAUUGACACUCGCCAAGAAUCUUGUCGGAGGCGCUUCGGCUUUUCCGUUGCCUUCUGGCGGGAAGAGCGAAGUCAGGUUCUGAAACUCACUCAAAACCCACUUGUAAGCCCUAACCGGUAGUUUCUUCACUCCCUGCUACAGAAGAAGAAGAAGAAGAAGAAGAAGAAGAAGAAGAAGAAGAGGCAAAAUCGAGUGCAUUAGCAGGAACACCAUGCAGUGGAUAACAACAAAAAAUGUCCUCGUUUCGCUGCCGCGAUGGCGUUCUCUUCCUCUUAUGCUUCGUUCUCCUGUUAACAAACGACUAUCUGCUUCACUCACUUCAACAACACUUUCACUUUGUUGUGUUAGGUACCACAGUACAGUUAAGAGCAAACAAAGGCAGCGGUUUCAGUCUGUGAGAGUGCCGAAUGUUUUGAGAGGAACCACAAAAUCGGCAGCUAAAAAAUUGAAGGAAUCUAAACCCCUUCUCGGGGAAAAAGAUCUUUCUCACAUAAUGUGGUGGCAGGAGAGGCUGCAGACCUGCAGAAAGCCUUCUACCAUUCAGCUUGUUAAAAGGCUUGUAUUCACCAAUUUGCUUGGUCUGGAUGUUAACCUAAAAAAUGGGAGUUUGAAAGAAGGAACGCUCAACUGGGAAAUGUUGCAAUUUAAAUCAAGAUUUCCACGUGAAGUUUUACUCUGUAGGGUGGGUGAGUUCUAUGAAGCCAUUGGGAUUGAUGCUUGCCUUCUUGUUGAGCAUGCCGGUUUGAAUCCUUUUGGUGGUCUGCAUUCAGAUAGUGUUCCAAGAGCUGGCUGCCCUGUGAUGAACUUACGGCAGACUCUGGAUGACCUGACACGAAGUGGUUAUUCAGUUUGCAUAGUUGAGGAAGUUCAGGUUCCAACUCAAGCUCGUUCUCGUAAAGGUCGUUUUAUAUCUGGGUAAUUAAUGAUUAAUAACUG